AUGGAUCACGCACACAUGUAUGAGUCACCAGGUGUAAGUCAUCCUGCAAUGCAGUCCAUCCCUACAAGAGAUUUUGAACUAAUGCUUCAGAAGCUACUUAGUGCCACUGAUCCAGUACAUGAUGAUGCAAUUGUCGAGAACUUGGCAUCUUUACUUCAAGAAAUCCCAGGGGAUGAGCUUCUGAAUUUGCCAUGCCUCAAGGAGUUUCUGAAAGCAAUGCUGCAGUUUCCAUCAGAUCACCCAAGACAAGUAGAUGCCUGGAAGGUUAUGUUUGCCAUCCUAGAAACAAUCGCAAAGGUUGAUGCUACUUGGGAUGUGCUGAUACAAGAUGUACCUGAGAUUUUAACAAUGAAGAGGUUUUACAAGCAUUUCCAUGUGCUGGAACCCUCCGUCAUUGUUUGUUGGUAUUCCCUCAGCAAGCAGUUUUUGAGACUACCUGGGUGGAAACAGCAAUUCAUGGAAGAAGACUUCCUGUCUCAACUAGUGCACGAUUCAUGCCACAGUAGCCAAUAUGUUGUUCGUCAGUCUGAGGAACUCAUGCAGGCUCUGGUGUUGGAUGAUCCAUCCAUCUUCCCCAAAGUGAUCCUAGAUGCUCAGCUGGACAAGGACCUGAUUGCUUUGAGCAGUUCUGGAAAAUUAUUGAAAGAGAGUACAAGCCUACUUCUUUUAGCAAUGAUGAAGGACAUGCAAGAGAAGAUAAUGGGGGGUGAAUCUGGGAAGAGCCUCUCUAUGCAUGCAGCUAGAGUCCAAUGCCAUUUCCAAGCAGCUGCAAGUGAGCUGUUUGAGAGCAAUCAAAUCAAAGCUAUUAUUUUGCUUGGACUGGAUGUGCUGAAGUCUUGGACAGUCCUUCAUGGUGCAGUUGCCAAGCAUGAAGAAGCUAUUGUAAGUAUCGGCACAGGGAUGCUUGCUAUUCUCUCUUGUCCUCUUCUCACCUAUGUGGAGAGCCGCAUUUCCAAGGAUGAGUGGCCAUAUGCUAGUGAAGGUCUUCAGGAACGUUUGACAUAUCUCAACCAUACCUAUCAGACAUUCCAGGAAGCUCUUCUCCUGUUGAAGCCAACUGAACUGUAUUCUAUUCUUACAUCAUCUUGUCUUACUCUCCAUCAAGCACAUGAUGCCAUUGUUGCUAUACCUGUGAUGAGGGAAAUCAUAUCAUCAGCAGUGAGGGUUCUCCCAUCCCUUCUCCGAAAGGAAAAAGAUGAUUACUUGAUAACAAAGCUGAUAUUUCCUGCCUUCACCCUCCACUUGGCCUUGCUGGAUGUAGAUGGGGGAGACACUGGUGAUUUGAAGAGCAUGGCUGAAUUCAAUGUGGAGUGGAUGGGAACAUUUCUUGUGGAAGUUUUUCGUAUGGGCAGGAACUCUCAGUACAUGUCCAGAAUCUUGGAAUCAAUUGGAUCCUGCCUGAAGCUGUGUGGGGAAUCAUUCAAAGCUGAAGCAAAAAAUUGGAUCCAGCUGAGAGAGGCAUUAAAUUUCUGCCUCCAACAUUCAGACUGGGGUGUAAUAGAUGGGGCUCUACAAGUCAUUGGGAAACUUACUUCCUCACAAGACCUGGAACGGCUCUUGGACAAGAAAAUGAUAGAACUUAUUAGAGAGUGUGUGAACACUGAUGAACCGUAUGUUCGUGCAUCUGCCCUACAAGUUUUCAGGCUUUUUUUGUCUUUUGACUCCAUUGUUUCCCAACAUGGCUUUUCACAGAAGUCAGCAAGGGAGUUGGCCCUAGGGAUCCUGGAGAAAGAUGCAGAGGCGGUUACCCGGCGUGCUGCUGUUGACUACCUAUGCUCUGUAUCUGAUGCUGAAGACCAGGAGAUGUUGUGGCGUGCAUGCCUAGAUUUUGACUGGGAAGUGAAAAUGAAAGUUUUAAACUAUGCUGAGCAACAGUUACAUGACCAGUGUGGUCAUGAUGCUGCUGCAACAUGGGAAAGGUUGUGCAAAAAUGGAGGCCUCUCAAGUCUUUUUGAAUGCCUUAAUGAUGAAGAGACCUGUGUUGCACAAAAAGCUAAAGACAUACUUGCAUUCUUGCAAAAAGAAUUUCAAUCCUUCUCCCUUCCGCAUUCAGAGAUAUCUGCAGAACCUCAACCUCCAGAGUCAAAAAAGCCUUCAUUGAAAUUUGAGGUCUCCCCAUUCAGGGAAGAGGUUGUGUCUUCCAUUUUAGAUGGAUCCGAUUGCUCAUAUGUGAUUUCUCAAAUGAGGUGGGAUUCACUAGACUACACAAACCCUGGAUUUCGAACUGAAGUCAAGUCCAUAAUACCUGCAGAGGGUUUGAGGCAGCUUCGAUCUGUGCUGAUCAAGCAGGAGGAAGAUUUGAAGGCUUCUGGGGAACUCAAAGAUGUUGUAGAGAAUCUCCUCAUUGCAUUCAAAGCACAUGAAUCACAGCAAGACAUUUCAGCUGAUUGUUAUUAGGGAUCCUUGUAAGGCAUGCUUCCUUGAUGCCUGUCUCUCCUGUACUCAUGUGAUAUAAACUACUGUGAUUGUAAUUAAAUAAAAAGAACCCUUGGUUCAUUUCUG